AUGUUUUGGAUUGUCAAAAUUUUUAAAGGAAGUGAAAAGAGCCAUGAUGAAUUUAAAAUAGAGAAUGCGCCCUUUGGUUUUUGCGCCUUUUGGUCAUGUGACGUUUUGGCCAGCUCCGUUUCGUCCUGCGCCGUUUUUGUCUGCGCCGUUUUGGGCCGCGCCAUUUUGGGCCGCGACGUUUCGGUCACGCCGUUUUUGUCCGUGCCGUUUUGGCUAAAAAUGCCAAGAGAACGUUCAAAUACUUUGAGAAAAUCUUCACCAAAUGAAAUUCAAGUAGGUGAUCAAGUAAUGGUUUUAUGUGAAUUACAAAAUAGAGAACCGAUGCUGGCACAAAUUGUUGAAAUUAAACAAGUCGAACCGAGUACCUCAAAUGUUAUUAAAAUGGAAGUUGAUGAACAAACAGCAGAGAUUAUUGAUACAAAAAAAGAAGAAAAAAGAGAAGAAUUUCUAAAUUCUGAAGAAAAUAAACGAGAAGUUUCAACUUCUGGAGGUGAAGAAAGUCAGAGUGAAAGUAAAGAAAGGGAAGGAAGUCCAGAAACUAUUUUUUAUGUUCACUAUGUUGGUACUGAUCGACGUUUAGACGAAUGGGCAGCUGCUGAAGCAGAUAUUUUAAAUGGAAAACAAUUUUUGACAAGAAGUCAACGUCGAUUAAAUGAAGAUUUUCGGCAUGUUCCAAAAUCCUACGAAGAUAUGGACGCUUAUACAAGAAAAUUGGAAAUGGAACAUGAACAGAGAACAAAAGUCAAAAAUGUGGAAAAAGUGCAAUUUGGUGAUUGGGAGAUUGAUGCUUGGUAUUUUUCACCGUUUCCUCUUUCGAUGGUUAUUAACAAGUCAAAACUUUAUUUUUGUGAAUUUUGUUUAUGGUAUACUUCAGAUCAGGAAAUAUAUACCUGCCAUUUGUUACACCGUUGUAAAAAACGCCGACCACCCGGAGAUAAACAAAUUUAUGAAGAUCGCCAAGCAAGUCAUUUGGCUGUUUGGGAGGUUAAAGGCAGUCAAUAUAAAGAAUAUUGUCAAUCACUUUGUCUUCUUUCAAAAUUAUUUUUGGAUCACAAAACACUUUAUUAUGAUGUUGAAGGAUUUUUAUUUUAUAUUUUAUGUGAAUUGGAUACAAAUGGAGAGGCACAUACUGUUGGACAUUUUUCUAAGGAAUUAAAUUCAGCAAAUAAUUUAGCCUGUAUUAUGGUUCUUCCUCCUUAUCAAAGGAAUGGAUAUGGAAAAUUGCUCAUCCAAUUAAGCUAUUGCCUUUCUGAAAGAGAAGGAAUUGUUGGAACACCGGAACGUCCACUUUCUGAUUUGGGCAAAGUUAGUUAUCGUAGUUAUUGGUGGUGGGUAUUAAUUGCUGUGCUUGAUAGAGAAUUAGGCUCUGGGCGUUUAGAAGCUGGUUCAAUUUCUGUAAAUGAACUUUCUCGUCUUUCUGGCAUUCACACAUUAGACAUUGUAGACACAUUUAAAGCAUUACAACUUAUUAAAUAUUGGAGAGGAGACCACGUUGUGAGAAUAAGUAGAAAGGUUUGUUUUUAUAUUUAAAAAAUUUGGGAUAAUUAAAAAAAACCACCUUGACUUCGUUUUAUGGUUCGUUUUCCUAUAUUUUUGAGUUCUCGGGAGAGCAUU